UAGGGGCACCUGCCGCGGCAACCGAGUUGUUUUCCUGACGCCGUAAUCGCGUUCCCAUGCGAGCUAUCCUCUAUUGUUUCAGUUUUAUUUUCAUUGGAUUUCUACUUCCGCUUAUUGUGUUGAAUGUUCAUUAGUGAAAAAUCGCGAGUGCCUGAAAUUCAAUUUAUUUACCGGGAUGAUAUUUCCCAUAAGUGUUCGAUGCGCUAAGGGUGAGAUGUGCCAAUAACUUUUGCUAAAUAAAGAAGAGCUCAGAAUUAAAUUUGAGCUCAGGUUGGAGAUGCUAGAGAGCCGUUCUGCGAUUUACAAAAUGAUUAAUAGUGAUAUUAGCAGCGAUCGAACGAUUCGAAAGUGGCCGGCACCGUACUCAACGGAUAAAACAUUUUACCAUGACCGGGACUUCAGUGGUGUUGUACGUCGGGUUUGUGCUGCGCAACCUCUGCUUCCUCGGAUUUCCAAAGUCAUUGUUCUGGGCGAUGUUGCUGUUGGCAAGACGUCAUUAGUAAAUCGAUUUUGCCAUAAAUCAUUUGACACCAAUUACAAAGCAACAAUAGGCGUUGAUUUCGAGGUUGAAAAGUUCGAUGUUCUUGGUGUACCUUUUAAUCUUCAAAUUUGGGAUACAGCAGGACAAGAGAGAUUUAAAUGCAUCGCUGCAUCGUAUUACCGAGGAGCUAACGUGGUGAUGAUAGUUUUUGACUUGGGCAGUUUAAUGUCAUUGCAUCAUUGUCAACAAUGGCUGAGCGAUGCAAAUUCUUGUAAUAACGGACCGUAUCACAUUUUCCUUGUUGGUACGAAAAGAGAUUUAUUGUCGAACCAGGUAUACGACAUCGUGGAAAAGAAGGCUGUGGAAAUAUCACGACGAAUGAGGGCCGAGCUGUGGGCUGUUUCCGCCAGGACUGGAGACGGAGUUCCGGAACUUUUCGCACGAGUUGCCGCGUUGGCCUUCAAUGCCAGCGUCCUGCGCGAGGUUCAGAGCGCCCGCGUCGAGCCGAUAGUCUUUGGCUCCGAGUUAAUUAAACUUAAUCGAGAAACGAAGAAAGUACGAAUGAAGGAUCGAAGAAUACCAAAAUGUUCCAAUUGUCAAAAUCAACUCUGAAUUUAAGUGUUUUUUUAAAACAAUAUAUUAAAGUAUAUUGAAACUAGAAUCAAAGGCAGAUUCAAAUUGAUCAAUAAUCAUGUGAUGUAAUCAUCAAAUAUCAUUUAGUUAAGUUAGUAAUUCAUAAUAAAGAACACAAGCGGUUUUAUGUGAUUUUUUUUUUAU